UCCAACAGAUUUUAUGUAAUUUACUCUUUUUAAAAAAUUUAUUAGGGACUUUUAUUUUUCGGAUGGUGAAUUUUUUUUUUUAUUUUUUUUAUCCUGUGAAAAAAGAUGCCCUUUACGGUUGACUUGACUCAGAAACUCAACUGUUGGGUUGUCUCCAACUACAGCAGGUCUAUGCCCAAAUCUCGGAGAGAGAGAAAGAGAUAUUUGAGCCUUGAUGGAGAGAAAAAGACAGAGGACGAUUGUCUCUGAAAUGGAGUCUGAUCAAGCAGUGGGUCCAAGUAAGAGGAGGAUUGUAUCUGAAUUGGAGUUUGAGGCAAGGGCAAGUUCAAGUUCAUGCAGAGCAUCACUUCAAAGAGGUGAAUACGAAGUCUUCUUGAGUUUCAGAGGUCCAGACACUCGCUACACUUUCACCGAUUAUCUCUACAACGAUCUCAAAGGUGUCGGAGUUCGCACCUUUCGAGACGAUGAUGAGCUUCGCGUCGGAGAAGAGAUCGGCCCGGAGCUGCUCAAAGCAAUUACAGAAUCAAAGAUCUCAAUCCCAAUUUUCUCCAAAACGUAUGCUUCGAGCAAAUGGUGCCUCCAAGAGCUUGCCCAGAUGGUGGAGUGCAGGAGAACUAAAGGACAAGUCAUUGUACCCAUUUUCUACGACGUCGCGCCGUCGGUUGUGAAGCUUCAAUGUGGGGAUUACAAGGAUGCGUUUCUCGAGCACGAGAGGUCUUUCGAUGAACACACUGUUAACAAUUGGAAGGACGCAUUGAGAGAGGUCGGAUCACUCAAGGGUUGGGAUGUGGAGAAAGAAGCUUAUGGGUACCAAGGGAAACUAGUAAAAGAGAUCAUUGUUCCAGCAGUGUUGCUAGAAUUGAAGAAAAACUACAUGGUUGUACCUCACAACUUGGUUGGAAUCGAUCAUCACGAAAAAGAAAUGAUGAGAUUGUUAGAUGUUGACACCAGUGAUGUAAGAAUUGUGGUUAUUCAUGGCAUGUGUGGUAUUGGCAAGACGACUAUUGCCAAGUUCAUCUACAACAAACUCUUGAAGAGUUUUGAGUGUCACAGCUUCCUUUCUGAUGUUCGAGAAAUGGCGCAAAAACACCAGGGUCUUGUUAGUUUGCAAAAACAGCUUCUCAACGACACUCUAAAUUGGAGCCCUAACAUUGCUAAUGUUGACAGCGGUUUAAUAAUGAGCAGAAACAAAUUUCUUAACAAGAAAGUUCUCAUUGUUCUUGAUGAUGUGAAUGGCAGUUCACAAUUUCAUUCUCUUGCGGGAGAGCGUGGUUCAUUUGGUAGAGGAAGUAGGAUCAUUGUUACAACUAGAAACAAAGAUCUUUUGAAUGCUCUUGAAGUUGAUGGGACUUACGAACCCCCAAUAAUGAAUCAUUUGCAAUCUCUUCAACUUUUCAGCAUGCAUGCCUUUAGAAGGGAGUCUCCUCCAAAAGACUACGACAAUAUCUCUAGAAAGGUUGCAUCUUCAGCUGCAGGGCUUCCUCUAGCUCUUGAGGUUAUAGGUUCAUUUCUAUUUAAUAAAGAGUUAGAGAUAUGGGAAGGUACAUUGAAGGAGUUGGAGGAAACACCGCAUGAUGAAGUCGAGAAAAAGUUGAGAGUAAGUUAUGAAGCAUUAAAUCAUAGGCAACGACAGAUAUUUCUCGACAUUGCUUGUCUUUUUGUUGGGAUGGAUAAAAGAACUGUAUUUUACAUGUGGCGGGAUUGCGAGUAUCAUCCAGAGAAAGAAUUCAAUGUCCUUUGCCUCUUGUCUCUAGUAAAAGUAGGAGAUGCUAAUAAGCUGAGGAUGCAUGAUCAGCUUAGAGCUCUUGGGAGGAAAAUUGUCUGUGAAGAAAUGGUUCUGGGAAACCGUAGUAGGUUUUGGAAGCACGAUGAAGCCCUAUAUAUUUUGGAGGAACAGAAGGGAACAGAAAAGGUUGAGGCUUUAAGUCUUCGCUUUGAAUUAGGAUCACAAAAAAAGCCUUGCUUUACAAGUGAGAAAUUCACAAAGCUAGCAUAUCUAAGGUAUCUCCAGGUGGAUGGUGCAGAACUUGUUGGGGAUUUUGAGCGUCUUCUAUCGUGGUUAAGAUGGCUUAAGUGGCGUGGUUGCCCUUCCUACUUCAAAAUAAUCAAUUUUCAUAUGAAAAAUCUAGUCAUUCUUGAUCUAUCAGAUAGUGGCAUCACAGAAGACUGGGGGGGUUGGAAUCAAAUCAAGAUGGCAAAUAAGCUGAAAGUUCUACAACUGGCUAAUUGUUCUUUGAGGGAAACUCCCGACUUUUCAUCUUAUGCAACUUUGGAGAUAUUGAUUCUUCGUGGAUGUAAAAGUUUGUUCGAAAUUAAACAAUCCAUUUGUAGUCUGAAGAAUUUGAAAGUGCUUGACAUUUCAUGUGCUGAAAUAAGGAAGUUACCUGAUGAAAUUUGGAUGUUACAGAAUCUGGAAGUGAUGGAUGCCUCACAAUGUCAUUAUUUGGAGGGGGGUAUUCCUGGUAAUAUGGGGAAUCUAUCAAAUUUGAGCUUCUUGAGCUUUUAUGAUUCCAAAAUUCAAAGCCUACCAAAGAGCAUAUUGGGGCUCACUCGACUCCAAACCCUCAAUAUUGGAGGCUGCACAGAGCUUGAAUUGCAGCCAGGGCUUCCCUCAAGUAUAAGGAUUCUGAAUGUCACUUAUGUCCCUAACCUUACAAAUCUGGUUAAUUUACAGGAAUUACAAUUGUCCGAGUGCCAUAAUGUUGUGGAGAUUCCUAGAGAUAUUGGGAGAUUAUCCAACUUGGAGAAACUGACCUUGGAUCAUACGAACAUAAGGUCCCUACCAGAAGAUGUUGGUGUCCUUUCUCAGCUGAAGGUACUUGAUGUACGGUUCUGUGAUGAUCUCCAAUGUAUAUUGGGGUUACCCUCAAGUCUAGUUGAUUUAUCCCUUGCAUUUUGUGAUUCAUUGGAAAGAUUGCCGGAUCUAUCAAAUUCGAAAAAUUUGUUGACUUUGUUGCUUAAGAAUUGUGAGAAGCUGGCAGAGGUUCAAGGGCUUGGAGAAUUAGAAUCAUUGACUAGUUUGUACAUAUUUGCGUGUGAUAUGCUAGCUACCUCUGAAAACAUGCACAAUUUGUCAAACUUAAAGAAGUUGGAGAUAUUAUCUAUUAAUAAUUGUUCAGAACUUGAUAAGGUCCAAGGGCUUGGUGGAUUGGAAAUGCUGAAAUAUUUGGAUUUGCGUGGUUGCGAGAACUUACAUAAGAUUGAGGGUCUUGAGGCUUUGAAAUCUUUGGAGAUUUUGGACGUGUUAAGGUGCACAUCAUUGGAAACAAUACCACAUCUUCCAAACACAUAUGUACGACGGUCCAAAGAUCAGAUCAGUACAGCCAAUUCACAUCUGUACAGGUAUUGGACGGAUUUGAGAGAGAAAAAAUUGAAUGUGCGGUUACCGGUGUUCAGUGGAUAUAGAAAUGAAGCUACAGAAGAAGCAUUGUUGAAGGCUUGAAGCAAUUGUAGCUUAUACGGUGCAUAAGAGAUCCUUUCUUCCUCCUCUUUUUUCUUAUUAUUUAUUUAUUUUCUUUUUUAGCUAGUUCUAAAAUUCAAAAUAAAUUUUGUAAAAGCUACCGUUUGAAUUGAAAAUAGGGGGGAGUGGCUUCUGGUUUCUUUUUCUUAAUUCAAAUUUUACAAAAUAAAUUUUGUAAAAGCUACGUACGUCUAAGUUCUUGAGACUUUUUAUCCAAAAGGCGACUCGGGAUAAUUUGGCAAAAUUUUUAAUCUUGGAAUUGCUUGCUUUACAAAAGUAUCCUCUAGUGGCUCGGUAAAUGCUGCAGUUUUAGCCGAAUGAUGCUACUGAAUUGUAUUAUCCCGUUGGCUUGGCUUGGAAAAUUAACUUGGCUAUUGGGUAGUCUUCAGAUUAUUACUUUCACAUUCCAGAGAGAGGGUUUGCAGAUCCAUUGCCAUAACUCCAUAUAUAUAUAUAUAUAUAUAUAUAUAUAUAUAUAUAUAUGGGUUAAAUGCAUAAAACACUUUGACGUAUAUUUUGUGUAGCACUUUCAACUCCUAUUUGAAAAAGUGUACUAAAACUACCCCUAUUUUUUUAAAACUGUAAUACCCUUUUUACUCUUUCAAAAAUGCCAAAGGGUGUGUAAGCUAAUAAUUUCAUUGUAUAGAGGUGUUAUGUGAACAUUAACUAUAUUUAAUUAACUUUUAAGAAUUUUCUUACCUUUGCGAAAAAGAAAAUUUCUCUCUAUAUAUUUCCGCUAACGCUGUAUUAUCUCUCUAAAAAAAAAAAAAAAUUGUUGUCACAGUUACCAAAUUAAUGUACAGUAUAUUAUAUGGAAUGAAAACCUUCGUUCCU